UGCGCGUUCUACAGAAACAAUACUAUAUUACUCCUAGUUUAUAGUACAAUGACUGCCAUCUUGACAACUCUUUUGCCAAAAAGCAAAUCUUGAGCAAUUCCCCAGUUUUCUACUGAGUUCAUCCGCUAUAUUCUGGUCGAUCCCUUCCUGGAUGUGGAUGUGAUACUCGGCUACGGUUCAGGGCGCGGCGUCACCGGUCUCUCCGGUCACCGCCGCCUCCGCCAGCAAGCACCAGGCCUGGACGCCUUCGUGGACUCCAAUCUUCUGCCGGCCAGCAGCAGGCACCGCCGCCUCAACUGAGCUCCUCCUCCCUCCCCAACGCCCCCGCCCCCACCACUCGUCGGCCUCCAAGCAGCUUUUGCUAAAGAGGAAAAAGCUACCAAGAUCCCCACUCUCCAGGCCCUACUCAGCAUGGGCGAUGCAAGUUCAGACUCAACGGCUGUGCCGCUCGAUUUAUUACUACAAAUCACAGAUGGUUUCUCCGAGAAGCGGAAACUUGGUGGUGGUUCAUUUGGAGAGGUUUACUUGGGUGUGCAUCCAGACGGGCAAACGAUUGCCGUGAAGAAGAUCUAUGAUAUGCCAGGAGUUGACGAGGAGCAAUUUCAGAAUGAGUUUAAGAACCUUGCAAGGCUGCAGCACCGAAAUAUUGUGCGGUUAGUUGGCUAUUGCCACCAUAUUGAGGAAGUACCAGCAAUGUAUGAAGGAAAAUUGGUUCUUGCGGAAAAAAUACAUAGGGCGCUCUGCUUGGAGUAUAUGUCUAAUGGAAGCCUUGAAAAAUAUAUUUCUGAUGAAUGUGAUAAAUAUGAUUGGCACACUGGCUACGGAAUAAUUAAGGGGAUUUGCCAGGGUUUGAAAUACCUCCACACUAAAUUAGAGCCACCUAUUUAUCAUUUGGAUUUAAAGCCAGCCAACAUAUUGCUGGAUGAGAACAUGGUUCCCAGAAUUGCAGAUUUUGGGAUAUCAAGGCUGUUUGGAGAUGAACGAACGCGAGCUACAAAAAGUACUUUAGGAACACAAGGGUACUUACCACCGGAAUACAUACGCAACUAUUUAAUCUCAAGUAAAUUUGACAUAUUCAGCCUGGGUGUUGUAAUCAUAAAGAUAAUGGCAGGACGGGCGGGCUACUACAAAAGCGCUGAAAUGUCUUCCCACGAAUUCAUUAAUGUUGUACAGGAAAAUUGGACAAAUAGGCCACAUGAAACAUCGAGUCUGAUGAAGGCAUAUUCCAAGCAAGUAAAGAUAUGUAUUGAAAUAGGUUUGAGUUGUGUGCAGGAGGAUCGACACAAAAGGCCCACUGUACAGAAUAUUGUUGAUAGACUGAAUGAGACAGAAACUGAGUGUACCUGUGUGUAUAAGAAAUUUGAGGUGCAGGAGAACUCAGGGGGGCUCACCCCUAAUUAUUUCAUGAAUAAUGGCCGCUCUGUCAGUGAAGUGCCUCUGAACAAUGAUGCAGGCCCUUCCAUACAAGCUAGAACGGCAUGGCAAUAUCCUACAGACAUGACUGCACAACAAGAACUUGGCGAACGACAAGCAGCUUCGCUUCCUAAUGGAAUUUAUGAGCCUCCUAGGCAGAUAAUGGUAGGUUUUCCUGAAUCUGGAGGCACCACUACAGUUGAAAGACAGGAUCUUGCGGUCAAAGUUCAAGAAGCAAUCACUGAUCCUUUUGUCGUCAAAGACCACCGAAGCGCAUUAAAUGGAAAGAGGUAUCCUCCAUCUAAAGAAGAAGCGGUACAUCGUUUGGAGAACAUUUCUCUAAAGGGGAAGCAUUGCAAUGACCUAGCUGAUAAAAAUAUUACUACAGUGAAGCGCUUGAUGCGUCAUUAUCACAGAGAUAAAUCUGGGCUCCAAAAGGUUCCAGCGGAUGAGAUGAUCACACGUGCAAUUCUAACUGACGAGCAGAGUGAUAACUUCUCGACAAUUGAUUCUCUUGGCAAUUGUCUAACAGGACAUGGUCAGCACGAUGCUUCUGUGAUGCAGGCAAAUAUCUUAAAUGAUCAGGGAUCACUUUUAGCACAGCCAACUCCGUUCCACAAUUUUUUACCGGUUCCAGCGGAUGAGAUGAUCACACGUGCAAGUCUAACUGACGAACAGACGGAAUACUUCUCAACAACUGAUUCUCUUGGCAAUUUUCUAACAGGACAUGGUCAGCCCGAUGCUUCUAUGACACAGACAAAUAUCUUAAAUGAUCUGGUAUCACUUUCAGCACAGCCAACUCCGUUGCACAAUUUUCUAUCAGUUCCAGCGGAUGAGAUGAUCCCACGUGCAAGUCUAACUGACGAACAGACUGAAUACUUCUCGACAACUGAUUCUCUUGGAAUUAAUACAGGAGAUUUGAAGCAGGUGAUCAUAGCAUGUGGUAAGGCUGCUGCAGGGAAUGGUAUAUAUGAGACAGAAGUACUGAUAUCUGAGCUACGUCAGCUGGUGUCUAUCUCUGGAGAUCCAAUGCAGCGCCUAGGAGCAUAUAUGUUGCAAGGCCUUGUUGCCAGACUUUCUUCCUCUGGAAGUAAGCUGUAUAAAUCCUUGAAGUGCAAAGAACCUACAAACUCCGAGCUCAUGUCUUACAUGCAUCACCUUUGUGAGAUGUGCCCAUCCUACAAGUUUGGUUACAUGUCAGCCAAUGGUGCCAUAGCAGAGGCUAUCAAAGGCCAGAACUUCGUUCACAUCAUCGAUUUCCAAAUCGCACAGGGGAGCCAGUGGAUAACUAUCAUUCAGGCUCUUGCAGCGAGGCCCCGGGGUCCACCAUGCCUAAGAAUCACUGCUAUAGAUGACUCAAACUCUGCUUAUGCCCGAGGUGGUGGACUGGACAUGGUUGGGACAAGAUUGCAUAGUGUCUCUGCGUCGUGUGGCAUGCCCUUUGAGUUCAAUGCAGUUCAUGCUGUUAGCCAUGAGGUUUAUCUUGAGCAUCUUGAUAUAAGGCCCGGGGAGGUUAUUGUAGUGAAUUUCGCCUAUGAGCUGCAUCAUAGUCCUGAUGAAAGCUUGAGCGUGGAAAAUCAUCGGGACAGGAUUAUAAGAAUGAUCAAGAGCCUAUCUCCCAUGGUGGUGACUCUUGUUGAGCAGGAGUCGAAUACAAACACAACUCAAUUCUUCCCAAGAUACAUGGAGACCCUCGACUACUACACAGCAAUGUUUGAGUCAAUAGAUGUUGCUCUCCCAAGGGAUGCCAAGAUACGGGUUAACACAGAGCAGCACUGUCUUGGAAGGGAUAUCAUCAGUUUAAUCGCGUGUGAGGGUGCUGAAAGGGUUGAGAGGCAUGAGGUGUUUGGAACAUGGAAGGCAAGGUUUGCAAUGGCUGGAUUUAGGCCGUACCCGCUGAGUUCGGUGGUGAACAACACCAUCAAAACACUGCUGGAUGGCUACGACAGUUGCUACAGGCUUGAGGAGAGAGACGGAGUCCUUUACCUUGGUUGGAAAAAUAGAGUAUUGGUCGUGUCUUCCGCAUGGUGCUGACAUGUCUUGAGAAGGUCAUGUAUGUGCACUGUUUUUAUCGUUGAUGAAACUUAAUGCUUCAGUGAUUUGUGUUACGUUGAUCCAUGAUAUUGUCACUAUUUUCUAGAUCAUGUGGUACUUCUUUUCUGGCGGGUGAGAGAUGCAUAUAUGUCUUCCAGAUUUAUGCAAUAUGCAACUUUAAACCA